AGGAGAGCUCGCGGGCCAGAGAGGGGGCGACGGCGGUGGCGGUGGCGGUGGCCUGAGGAGGCCCGAGUGGCGGCGGCGGCGGCGGCGGAGACCGAGGCGGAUCUUGAAGAGGCGUGGCUGGACCAGGACCUCCCUCAAUGUGAGCAAGCCUCCUCCCCCCACCUCCUGUUGCCACCACGCCAGGGAACAUCCUCAAGCCCUGGCCCUCAGGGGAGAGGUGACAGGAGCCCAGAGCCAAGACCAUGUGACGGCGCUGGCCCUCGCCACCGCCGUCCCCCCCACCCUGGCCCCAGGCCCGGCACCAUGAUGUUCCGAGACCAGGUGGGCAUCCUCGCUGGCUGGUUCAAGGGCUGGAAUGAGUGUGAGCAGACCGUGGCCCUACUGUCACUUCUGAAGCGGGUCACCCGCACCCAGGCCCGCUUCCUGCAGCUCUGCCUGGAGCACUCGCUGGCAGACUGCAAUGACAUCCACCUACUGGAGUCGGAGGCCAACAGUGCUGCCAUCGUCAGCCAGUGGCAGCAGGAGUCCAAAGAGAAGGUGGUGUCCCUCCUGCUGUCUCACCUGCCCCUGCUCCAGCCGGGCAAUACGGAGGCCAAGACGGAGUACAUGAGGCUGCUGCAGAAAGUGUUGGCCUACUCGAUCGAGAGCAAUGCCUUCAUUGAGGAGAGCCGUCAGCUGCUCUCCUAUGCCCUCAUCCACCCGGCCACCACACUGGAGGACCGCAACGCACUGGCCCUCUGGCUGAGCCACCUGGAAGAGCGGCUGGCUAGCGGCUUCCGCAGCCGGCCCGAACCUACCUACCACUUGCGCCAGGGCUCAGAUGAGUGGGGGGGACCUGCAGAGCUAGGUCCUGGGGAGGCAGGACCAAGCUGGCAGGACAAGCCGCCCCGGGAGAAUGGACAUGUGCCCUUCCACCCACCCAGCUCAGUGCCGGCAACCAUCAACAGUAUUGGGAGCAAUGCAAACACAGGUCUCCCCUGCCAAAUCCACCCCAACCAGCUGAAGCGCUCCAUGUCACUCAUCCCCACGAGCCCACAGGGCCCUGGUGAGUGGCCCAGUCCAGAAGAGCUCGGGGCCCGGGCUGCCUUCACCACGUCCGACCACGCACCCCUCUCGCCCCAGAGCAGCGUGGCCUCCUCUGGCAGUGAGCAGACGGAGGAGCAGGGCUCCAGCCGGAACACUUUCCAGGAGGACGGCAGCGGCAUGAAAGAUGUCCCCUCUUGGCUCAAGAGCCUCCGCUUGCACAAGUAUGCAGCCCUCUUCUCACAGAUGAGCUACGAGGAGAUGAUGACACUGACUGAGCAGCACCUGGAGUCUCAGAAUGUCACCAAAGGUGCCCGCCACAAGAUAGCCCUGAGCAUCCAGAAGCUGCGAGAGAGGCAAAGUGUCCUCAAGUCCCUAGAGAAGGAUGUGCUGGAAGGUGGGGAUCUGCGAAACGCUUUACAGGAGCUCCAGCAGGUCAUCAUCACCCCCAUCAAGGCCUACAGCGUCCUCCAGGCCACCGUGGCUGCCGCUGCCGCUGCCACUCCUACUGCCAAGGACGGGGGCCGGGGGGAGCUGCCGCCGCCAGGUGCUGAGCCUCCCCUGGCCCAUUCCAGCACAGACAAGGGCACUGAGCCCAAAGACCCUUCAGUGGCAGAGAGCUACCCGCCUCCACCAACCCCGGCUCCCGCUGAUGGCAGUGAACCAGCCCCAGCUCCCGUCGCCGACGGAGACAUCCCCAGCCAGUUUACACGGGUGAUGGGCAAAGUGUGCACCCAGCUGCUGGUGUCCCGGCCAGACGAGGAGAACAUCACCAGUUACCUCCAGCUCAUCGAAAAGUGCCUGACUCAUGAGGCUUUCACGGAGACGCAGAAGAAACGACUGCUGUCCUGGAAACAGCAAGUACUGAAGCUCCUCCGGACAUUCCCUCGCAAAGCCGCACUAGAGAUGCAGAGCUACCGGCAGCAGAAGGGCUGGGCAUUCGGCUCCAACUCACUCCCCAUAGCUGGCUCUGUGGGGAUGGGGGUGGCCCGGCGAACCCAGCGACAGUUCCCCAUGCCUCCCCGGGCACUCCCACCCGGCCGGAUGGGCCUCCUGAGCCCCUCAGGCAUUGGGGGUGUCUCCCCCCGACAUGGCCUCACCAGCCCCAGCCUUGGAGGCCAGGGCCGACAGAGCCUGUGGUUUGCCAACCCUGGAGGCAGCAACAGUAUGCCCAGCCAGAGCCGCAGCUCUGUACAGCGCACCCACUCGCUUCCGGUCCACUCGUCGCCCCAGGCCAUUCUCAUGUUUCCUCCAGACUGCCCGGUCCCUGGGCCUGACCUGGAGAUCAAUCCCACUCUGGAGUCUCUGUGUCUGAGCAUGACAGAACACGCCUUGGGUGAUGGGACAGACAAAACCUCCACCAUCUGACGGGACCCACAGCCCAGCGCACCCAUAGGCUCCCCGGGCGGCGGGCGGGGGCCGACCCCCAACGGGCUUCUCCGCGGCAGCGAGAGGGUGGGCUGGCUCAGCUAUACAUUCUAAUAUUUUUCUACUCUCUCACCCUUUUAACUUUUGUUUAACAUUGGCACCCGCCUUGCUCACUCACUCCCAGGCCCGUCGCGGGAUCUCUGCUGAGGCCGGGGGAGGUAGGGGCAGCCAGGAAAAAGGGGGGCAGGGACUGGCCAGACUGCCUACCCCUUCUUUCCAUCCCUCACCCCCACCUGGCCCUGUUACCCAGCCUCCUCCAGACUGCUGACCACCUGCCCCUCCCCAAGGAGGGAGACACCCCCAGAGACAAGCUGACCCGCUCCCUUGCGGAGCUUGUGCAGAAACAUCUGACCCUGGGGAGAAGUGAGCAGGGAGAUAACCUGAGAGGAGCUGAGGAGAAGCGGUGGACUGGGGAGGGGAGCCCCUCUCCACCCACCAACUUCCUCCUCUUCCCCAUCCCACGAGGACAGGAGCCACCUGCCUCUCACUCACCUCCUUUUGCCCUGUUUAUCAGAGGUUCUCUACAAUUAAUUUCUUAGGCCUAUUUAAGAUACAUAUUUAUAUAGUUCUUAACGGUUUUUCUCUGAUCAUUCCCUCGCAUUUUUAGAAUCCCCAGGCCUCUCUCUGAGCCAAGACAGUGGCAGGGGGCGCCUGAAUUUUAUGAGGGGAGAGGGCAGAGCCCCCUCCCCCAGACCCCCCUAGCCCCUCUUCCUAUCCCCCCCCUCCAGCCCCGGCCCUGGUUCCCCUAGACGCAGAGGUUGAAGGUGGGGAGCCAGGACAGCCAGUGAGGUCAGGAAGUCUGUUGCCUUAACGUCCCCUUCUCCACCCACACGCCCCUUCUCCACUCCCAGGUUUGGCUGGUGAGAGACGGGGUAAGGAAUAGGGGAAGGGGAUUGUUUGGUUUUUGGUUUCUUUCCCUGCCCCCUUUUCUUUCCGCCUUCCCCGCCCCCAUUAUGUCAUGACCUCAGUUAAGUGGAACACUAUUAUCAUAACCCGGAGAUUUGUCCCAGCCCGUGUCGUACAGGUCUCGGAUCCCUGUUCCUACUGAGGCGCUGUGCUGGAGCCCAGGUGGAGGGAGGGGAUUCGGGGGCACAGACUGGGGAAGCCAGGCUCCCCCUUUUCCAGCCCCCUCUUCCUCCUCAACCUACCCCCCUCACUGGGACAUUCUCAAGCUUUUCACACCGAAAAGGAAAAAAAAAAUGUUAUUUUUAGAUACAUUUUAUGAAUAACUUUUGUUAUGAAUAUGGCUGGUAACCAUUGUGUAUGUUAUUAAAGAUACAAAAUGUUGGGAAAAAACAAAAAACCAAAAAAAGAACAAUUUUAAACCCAGCGCCCUCCCCGUACCUCCCCCAGUGCCCCAGGCCUUCUUGCCCCUGCCCUCCUGGUCUGUGGAACUAACUCCCUCAGCCUUGUGCCCAGGGAGGGGCGGAGGCCCGGGUCCGGGAGCCCUAGGCCCUGCCCCCAGGUCCUCAGCUCCUCUCCCAGUGCAGGCCGGUGGGGUGUCAGGUUUAUUUAUGUACCUCUUGCACACUCAUCAACCUAUGCAAGUCCCCUCCCCGGCCCUCCACGUUUCUGUGCCUUUGCUCAUUCUCCUCAAGCUCCCAGGACACCCUGGCCCCUGCCUGCCUGCCCGGCCCAGGAAGCGGAGCGACAGGGGCACCUCGUUUGGAAUCAGUAGGGUGUCACUCUUACCGGGCCCUCACUCCCUCCAGCCAGCCCCAUCCUGUUCUUCACUACCUGUCAGGAUGCACUGGCUCUGCCUGCUUGCCAGGUGGUGAGGGACACCUCCACACACACAAGGAGGCAAGAGCCAGCCCCUCCCUCGUCGCCCCGACAGCAGAGUGCCAGAGUGCGCAGGACGCAGGCGGCCCCACUCUGAUGGGCAGGACCCGGCCCCUCUCCCGCCCCCAUCCCAGCCCGGCCCUUCCACCAUGAUUUCGCCCUCCCCCACCCUUUGUCCCCAGCCCCACUGGCAGAAUCAGCUUUGAGUAACUGUACAGUUUUUCUCGCUGUUGGAGAAGACUGAUUUGUUGGAGUUUCACCUGUUUCAUGGUCUGGGCUUAUUUUGGAAAAAAAAAAAAACAAAAAAAACCAAAAAAGGAUUCUGACCUUUGUUAUACUACACUUAAUGGAAACCCCAGUGGUUCUGCCCCUGUGGCCUUCUGCUUCUGUGCCUUAGGCUGCGGUCGCUGAGCACCUGGGAUGGGAGUCAGGUGGGGU